AUGCUUGUGACAACAACGGUCAUUUAUGGGAGGGAACUAGAGCGCAUAAAGACAGCUCUCUAUCAGUGCGGCGUGGCCUACGUUGCGGACCUGACCACCGCAACCAACGUGCUCAUCGCAGGGAGAGGCGACGGCGACAAGUAUCGAGUGGCAAGGAAACGCGGUAUUCCCUGCGUCACAUCAGCCUGGGUUUGGCUGGGGCGUUGUGAUGAAAAUAGAGUGAGUGAGUUUGAGAUAGGGCGGUCUCUGCUUGGACUGGAACUGUGCAGCACCUCACUGUCGAAGGAGGAACGCGGUUUUGUGCGUCGGAUGUGCGCAACACAUCAGGCAACGUACACGGCGUAUUUGACGCGAAACUGUGCGGUGUUAGUGGUGCCAAAUGGGACAUCUGAUGUAGAUGGAAAUGAGAAACUUUGUUUUGCCAUCAAGAACCGCAUCGAAGUUGUGUCAUAUGAUGGAUUCAAGGAGCGGUACGGCUCUGCUGUGGGGUUGCAUCGCAGCCUCCUGCCUGUUGCACGUCAACCAUCUUUUGGAGGUGGUGGUGCAUUAGGAAUUGUGGUUUAUUGCUCCCCUACAUUUCUUAUGACAGAUCGGAUUAGCACGCUUCUCAACGAGGUCGGUGUGCGGCAUGCACCGGUGCUAACACCUCGCACAACGCAUGUGUUGGUAUUGGGCCAAACGGAGGAGGUGUUUUCUCCACGCCCUAAUUUGGAGUUUGUGUCAGUUGCCUGGCUAGAGGAGUGUGCUGCACGACGCAAACACGUGGCUGUAGCACCAUAUAGAGUGUCCAUUCUCCAGAGGCCAAUCAUUACCUUUACAGGUGUGCCGCAGGAAGAGCGGAUGUCAAUCAGCUCUCGUUUGGAACAAAAGGGAUUGCCUUGUCUUGUUCAGGGGAAUUUUGUGCUGAGCGGGAUGACCGAUGACACUAGUGGUGAGCGCAAUACCACCCAUCUUGUGCUGGGGCGGUCGCCCCUGCUCCGGUCCUCCAAGGUUGCUGCACUGAGUUUUCAGCGGUAUGCGCUGCAGCGGAAGGAGUGUUUUCUGGUGUAUGUGGGGUGGCUGCACCGCUCGCUGGAGGUCGGAAGAUGGGUCGACCCCGCCCCAUUCUCUCUGGUGGUGCCACACAUUUCCGCAUUUGGAGGGAUAAGGACAAGGCUGCGUGCGACCUCUGUCGCCGCUCCCUCCGCGGAAACCAACAACGACGUAGUGGAUAGUUCUACCGGUGGGAGAAGGGCCUUAUCACCGUGCUCCUCAUCAACUGAAAUACAGGACGAGCCGCUGUCAUCGCACUCUCUUGCGUUGUUUAUUGAAGGGUUGGAGACGAAAACCAGUGACCGGGGCAGAGCACCAACGACGCCCCCCACUGUGGCUCCUGAACCCGCGUUGCCGACAAAGUUGCUGUUGCAGGAGAGGGCGGAGGGGCACUCGGGCGCAGGGGCGUGCCUCCUCACUUCAACGGCAUCACUAUGCGUUGACGGCAACCACACCUCGCUGCCGACUGAGUCUCAGGUUAUUGUGUACAAAAGGUCUGAAUUUGACCUUCCGAGAAAAGUGAUGAGGCAGCAACAGCAACAACAACAACAGCAGCCCUGUGUGCUACUACGCAGAUAUAGGACCGCUGAUGCCGAGCGGGCCUCGGCAAUAAAAGGCACUGUGUACGUGAGUGGAGUAGCUUCAAGAGGGUCCUCGGGACGUCUUUGCUGUAUUAUGUUGGCCAAGUCUCUGACACACAUGGAGGGCAACCUUGAGCGCCUACAGGCGCUGGGAUGUACCCUCGCAACGACACUGGAGGAGUGUACUCACUAUGUGACCGGGAAACCAUCGAGGACGGAGUUUUUUCUAUCCACUGUGGCGGCUGGAAAAUGGGUGCUUGCGCCGUCUUUCCUCGAAGAGGCACUGCGUGAGGGUCGUAUUGUGAGUGAAGAAGCACAUGAGUGGUGCCCGGAGAUUGCCAGGGCUGCAUUGCUUCGCAGCUCUGUGGUGGAACUUGUCAGAGCGUGCCGCUUGCAAAGGAAGCGGACUGUGCGCUCAUUCGCCUCGUGGCGUGUUGCUCUCUGUUGUACAAAGGAGUCGCGGACGGAAAGUCUUUCGCAUGUUCUGCGGAGUGGAGGCUGUUGCGUAGUUCGCCCAUACUCUCCUUUCCAGCUGCUGAACGCGCUGGAGAGCAAUGCUGAGGCGGUGAGGGAACUGAAUCUCGUUCUCUCGGGCGAUGACGUGUGGGAGCCAUCACAGCUAGACACUGUCACCACACAUCUACCAGUUUACAAACUGGAAUAUAUAGCCCACUGCCUGUGUGUGGAGGUGCCGGAGCCUGAACUGUACCGUUUGCAGAGUGACAAUGGACACGUAUGCAAGCGGUUAAAGGUGGCGUGA